AUGCAAUUAUUCUUUUCUCGUCAAAAACCAAAAGCCGACGCUAAAAGUGCUAUAGUUCGUCUCAGAGAAACUUUGGAUAUGUUAGGAAAACGGGAGAGUCAUUUGCAAUCUAAGAUUGAUGCUGAACUUAAAAAUGCUAAAUCAAAUGCUGCUACUAAUAAAAGAGCUGCUCUGAUGGCACUUAAACGAAAAAAACAAUAUGAAAAUCAGAUCGAAAAGAUAUCCGGAGCACGUAUCACAAUUGAAGCACAAGUUAUGGCAAUUGAAAAUGCAAAUGUCAAUUUGGAAACCAUUAAAGCUAUGGAAAAAGUGGAUGAUACAAUGGACUCUAUACGCGAACAAAUCGAUUUGGCGGAUGAAAUUUCAAAUGCUAUUUCUGCACCAAUGAUUGGAAUCGAUCUGGACGAUGACGAACUGACGGCAGAGUUAGAAGAAUUAGAACAAGAAGUUCUUGAUAGUCAGUUGCUUGGAGCAGACGCCCCACCUGUUACUGUUCCCAACGUGCCAACAACCGAACCUGCAAUCAAAAGGAGAAGCAAACUUUAG